AUGCCUCUUUCCUGGCCGAAACCUAAACAGGCACCAAUCAAGCCUCCAUAUUUUAGAGUCCAACCUGGUAGGAAGGUUGGUCCAGGAAAGAACAAAUGUGGUUACUGUCGGGGCUCACACAGCAAGAAAACAUGUCCUUAUUUGAAAGAGGCUAGAGCUGCAGGAAUUAAGCUUCCUACUAUCCCGCUGAAGGGGAAUCCUCCUAAACCCAAAAAGAUGGGUAGGCCUCCGAAGCCUAAGAACAACCCCACAGUUGAGGGAACCAGUAGCCUCCCCAGGAGAAGGGACAGAAAAUCAACAGCAAAAUCAGUGUGUAAAAAUUGCAAUCAGAUGGGACAUUUCCAAUCAAUAUGUCCAGCAUUAGAAAGACGGAGACAGAUGUGUCGGGCACUGAGUGAAGCAACUCUGAAUUUAACUCGGACUCAUGAAAUAGAACUGCAAGAGCCGGUGGUAUCCGAGUGUGCUGCUUGUGAUACAACUAUUCACACUGUUGAAACAUGUCCAAGCUUAAAAUAUUCAACGUCUCUAGAAGAGGAACACCUUCGUAGUAAUCAUAAUGGUGAUAAUGCUCAGUUGGAAGAGAAAAGAUAUUUACAUUCCUAUUUUUCCUUUUCUCCUCUAAACCCUAGCCACCAAACAAAGCCGGCGGCCACCAUCUACGGCCUUAUGGCCGGCAGCUCAUCCCCGGUGGCUCCCUCUGAGCCGCCAAGAUCUUUUGCAAGCUUUUUCCAAAAACCGUUUAAUGUGGUGGACAAUAAAGAUUCGCUCGUUAAGCCGAUAAAAUUUAUUAAUGGUACUCCAACACUGGAAUAUGAAGAAGACGAGUUUGAGAGGUUGGAUGCACCGCACCGACUAUGCUUGGUUGGAAAAUUUUCAUAUGGCCGGCCAAAAAUGGAUGAAAUCCAUAAAGAGUUCAAGAAAAUCGGAUUCAAUGGCGCAUACACCCUGGGCCUCAUGAAUCCUAGGCAUGUUCUAAUCCGUUUUGAGCAGGAGGAUGAUUAUCAGAGAUGUUGGAUAAGAACCUUUUGGAACAUCGGAGGGUUUUCGAUGAGAAUAUUGAAGUGGACGCCGGGUUUUAGGUUUGAGGAAGAUCCCCAGGUAGUUCCAAUUUGGGUCUCCUUUUUCGACUUGCCAAUUGAAUACAUGCACCCGGAGGUAAUAUACUCGAUGGCUACAGCUCUGGGUCAACCAUUGAAGGUGGACACUCCAACUUUGAAUAUGACGAGACCCUCGGUGGCUCGGUUUUGUGUUGAAGUUGAUCUCACAAAGGAACUUGUCAAAUCAGUCAAGAUAGGGAAGAAGGGCCGAAAACAUGAACAGUUUUUUACAUUUGAGCACGUCCCUUUCUACUGUCGAAAAUGCUGCAAGAUCGAACAUAAGGAAUCUGAUUGCCGAAUGGGGAAACCCUCACAAAAAAAUCCCCUUGAAAGUCCUGUGCCAAAUGUCGGCAAAAUCGUGACAGAAAAACUGACAACAACUACUACUGGAUCGCUGAAUUUGAUUACAGUUGCGCAAGCGUCAAACCCUUUCAGCGUAUUACGGAAUUUAGGCAAUGAUGAUACUGCAAUGAUAGAGGAUUCAGAGGAAGAGGAGGUUGUAUUCACAGAGGAGAUAGCAGCCCCUAAGCAGCAACAAUUACAAGAUGAUUUGCAGCACAUGUCACUGGUUCUGAAACUGAUGGGAGAAAAGUUGUGCGACGACUCCGUCACUGGAACAGUUAGUGAAGAUGAUGAAGAAGAAUCAGCAGCGGAAGAGUUCAGCUGGUCCGAGGGGGAAAGAGAUGGUGCUCAUGUGGAACGGUCGGAAACUGGGAGAAAAAAGGCUGCAAUCUUUCAAUUUAUAUUAGAUGCAUUGGAAGUGAAGUUAUCGAAUUGGAAGAAUAAAUUCCUUAGUCAAGGUGGGAGGCUUGUGCUAAUUAAACAUGUAAUGUCCGCCAUCCCAAUACAUGUUUUUGCGGCCAUUGAGCCUCCAAAAUCAAUCUUGAAUGCCAUUGCUCACCGAUGCCAAUGGUUCCUGUGGGAAGGAGUGGAAGGUGAUGGAAAAAAACACUGGAGAUCCUGGAACCGGCUUACCUACCCAGUGCUGGAAAAUGGUGUUGGAUUGCGCAAUUUUCAAGAGGUCUGGAAUUUUUUUGCUGAACUUUUUGGUCAAGUUGCGCAUGGUUCAAGCCUUAGAGAAUAUUUGAAUUCAUGGUGGAUUUCAGGGAACUUUAAAACAGCUAUUGGGGUCAUAAAGAAGGUUCUGCCAUCCUUUAUAGUGUGGGAGCUAUGGAAGGCGAGGAACAAGUUCUUUUUUGGAAAUGUUGACUCCACUUUUUCAGGUGUCAUCAAAGCUAUCAAAGAGCAUCUUCAUGGAAUGAUGCUAGUCCAUAGACUUAAGGCUCGAAAUGUUGUAGAGAGGGAGUCGCUUCAGCUAAUCUUUCCGAACACACCUUUCAGCCUAAAACAGAAAAAGGUGCGCAAGGUUUCUUGGCAACAACAGCACAAGCAUGUGCUGAACACUGAUGGAUCUUCCAACUCCCAAGCUGCUGGGUAUGGCUUUGUAAUCCGAGGUGAGAAGGGGUUUUUUCUUUAUGGGGAAGUUGGAUUUUUGGGAAGUGGAGAUAGUCUUCAAGCGGAGGUUUAUGGCCUUUUAUUUGGAGUUCGGAAAUGUGAGCAUCUUGAUCUGUUCCAGGUGGAAGUUCAAACGGAUAACCAAUUUUUGGCAAAUAUUCUUGCCUCUGGAGGUCCUUGUCCGUGGAGAUUCUAUUUCGAGUUGCGAGAGAUCCGAGCAAUUCUUGAGAGAAGGGAUUACUCUAUACACCACAUUUACAGAGAAGCGAAUGCAGUAGCAGACAGUUUAGCUAGAUGUGCUUCAGAUGAAGUUUCAGCAGAAUUUUUUUCCUUAGGAGAUCUUCCGAAUUUCACUAGGGGUCUCAUCACUCUAGAUUAA